AUGGGAAACUCUUGCAUGGCAGCAUCGUCAAUGGAAUGGGAUGGAGAGGACUGGGAAUCUUUGAAGCAGCCAAAGCAAUGUUCAUCGUCCUUAUCAAGUAAGGUGUUUGACGAAGAUGCUUAUCUUGAUCAUAAGAAUAAGGAGACUGAUGUAUUAGGCAAACUUAGAGCUUCUUGUGAUGCAAAUGGUAAAGUUACGUUGAAGAUUUCAAAGUGCGAAUUAGCUGAAUUAUUGGGAGCGAUACAACGGAAUAAUAAUAAUAACAAUAAUAAAAAUCAUAAACAGCCGCAACUGGUGAUGAAGAAGAAGAAGGAAUUAGCUUCUGCAGAACAAAUUCUGUUUCGGUUAAUGAGUGCUAGAAAUCAUGAAAUUGAAAAAAAGCAUCACGGUAGUGGUCAAUGGAAACCAAUGCUUGAGACUAUUCUUGAAUGUUAA